AUGGUUCAGUUGUGGGUUGCGCAAGGAAUUUUUGAGCCAGAAAACGAGAAAAUAAUAGAGAUUGUUGGUGGUACUGUUUUUGAUUCGAUGGUGGAAGACAAUUUGUUUGUGCCUGUAAGAUAUGAUAACCUAUAUGGUCAAUUGUUCGCAGUUAACGAAAAUAUGCUUGAUAGUAAUUUGUUUGAGGGUGAAGAGCAGCUGCCAAUGGAAGAUUUCAUGCUCGCAGAUGAAGUAGGGUUGGUCAGCAUUCCAAGCACGAUCAAGCAUCUGUCUCUCUUCUGUGAUUUACACAUUGUAGGACAAAAGUUUUCUGGGAUUCUCAUGCUACAUUGUGAGUGUGCUACUGAGUGUGCUACUGAUUUUAAUCAUGUCUCACAUGACCUCUUCCUUCAUCUAAAACAUUUGAGGACUUUGGAUUUACAUCAACUAGACAUAACUGAACUACCUAGCUCUGUUGGGGAUCUUGAAUAUUUGCAUUAUUUGGAUGUAUCAGAGACAUCUAUCAAGUACUUGCCUGAAACAGUUGAUUCCCUUUAUUUGUUGCAAACAUUGAAAUUGAAGGGUUGCUUGCAGCUUUGUCGAUUACCCAUAAACACAAGGCAUUUGGUUAGAUUGCGCCAUCUUGAUCUUGACAUUAUUGGACAAUUGAAGUCUAUGCCUGUUGGUUUAGGAAGUUUGACAAGCCUACAAACCUUGAGUGGAUUCCUUGUUGGAAAGAAAGAUGGUUGUUAUAUAGGAGAGCUAAAGAAUAUAGUUAACCUCAGAGGAUCGUUGUGCAUUUCAAGGCUGGAAAAUAUCUCAAGUCCUGACGAGGCAGAGCAAGCUAACCUGAGUAACAAGAAACACAUCACUAAAUUACAGUUGCAAUGGUCUACUUGUCACUCCGAUAGAGUGCAAGUCGAAGAGCAGAUAUUAGAAUGUCUGCAGCCCCAUUUCGGCCUAAAGGAGUUAGAGAUAUUCUUCUUCAAUGGAUCUAAAUUACCAUCAUGGAUAAGUGAUCCAUCUUUUGCCCAAAUAGUCAAAAUCACUCUUUUCAAGUGUAGAAAUUGUUCUUUAUUGCCAUCACUUGGCAUGUUGCCAUCUCUACAAUUUCUUGAGAUAUAUGAAAUGAAUGGGGUAAGAGUUAUAGAUCAGGUAUUCCAUCGAAAAAAUGGGGUUCAAUAUCUUCAUGCAUUCCCAAAAUUAGAGAAGUUAGAACUUGAUACCUUGUUGAACCUAGAGGUGUGGGAUGGUAUGGAGGAUGGUGACUUCCCAAAACUUCUUGAGUGCAGAUUCAAGCAGUGCCCCAAACUUGUAUCUCUUCCAUCUCUUUCAUACUUGCAUUCCCUCAAACACUUGGAGAUUAUUGCAUGUUCAGAGUUGCGGUCUUUACCAGAUGAUGGAAUUCCAGCUUCAGUUGAAACAAUAAUCGUCAAAGACUGCCCAAGAAUUAUAGAACAGUGCAGGUAUCCGAAUGCCCGGGAUUGGUCUAAGAUCGAACAUGUUUCUUCAGUUUUUCUAGAUUAUGAAGAGAUAUCCCCACAGAGCAGAUACUGA